CUUGAAUUCUAGGGUUUCGAUAAAUAGGCGCUACAAUUUUAAAAUAGCUGGAUCUUAGUUCUCCGACCGACGGCCAUGGUGUACCUCACUCUGGAGCAAGCGUGCCGAGAGACAAAGAAUGAUGCCGCCGCUACCACCAUCCUCAAACUCUCUUACCGAGUUCUUACUGAUGUAUCUUGUUUGAGCAAAUUCCGGAACUUGGAGAAACUUGAUCUGAGUGGCAACUGCCUCUCGUCUCUCAAGGAUCUUUCAUCUUGCGUCAACUUGAAAUGGCUGUCUGUGGUAGAAAAUAAGCUCGAAACCUUGGAAGGAAUUGAAGGUCUCUCUAAGCUAACGGUGCUGAAUGCUGGCAAGAAUAUGCUACAGAGCAUGGGUGGGAUUGAAUCUAUAACUAGUCUUCAUGCUCUAAUCCUGAAUGAUAACAAGAUAUCCUCGAUUUGCAAGCUUGAUCAACUGAGCUUUUUAAAUACGCUUGUUCUUUCUCGGAACCCAAUUCACGAUAUUGGUCACUCUUUGAUGAAGGCGAUAUCUAUCACAAAACUCUCUUUUUCUCACUGCCAAAUUGAGAGCAUUGGGUCUUCCCUUGCCUCGUGUGUAGACCUGAAGGAAGCUAGAUUUUCUCAUAACAUGAUAAUGACUCUUCCUGCUGAGUUGGCUAGGAACUCGAGUCUCCAAAAUUUGGAUGUAGGAAAUAAUUUAAUCGAGAAUUGGUCAGACAUAAAGGUCCUUUCUGCAUUGCACAACUUGAAGAACCUCAAUCUGCAAGGAAAUCCUAUUGCCGAGAAAGACAAAUUAACCAAGAAGCUUAAAGAAUUGGCACCGAACUUGAAGAUAUUUAAUGCUAAACCAUUAGAAAGGAUUGAUAAAAGCAAAACUGCAGCUCGAACGGAAAGAUCAAAUCCCAGCAAGGAUGAUCUUCCAUCUCAUGCAACUGACCAUGCAGCAGCCAAAGUCACCAAGAAAAAGAUGAAACUAGAUAACACCUCUAUCAACGCCAACAACUCCGGUAAAGGUGAUGCUGCAGUUCGGACUUCAAAGGAUGUUGAAGUAGAAAAGGUUAUUGAGUUGAAAAAAUUGAGAUUGAAGCCGAAAAUCAAAACUCAAGUAGUGAUGGACAAUGACCCCAUGAAGGAUUCUUCCAAGAUACUCCAACUCCAAGGGAAAAAACUGAAAGGAGAUGAGCAUUUGAACGAAGAGCAAAAGGACCCUGAGGGUGCUGAUGGUGCAGAAGCACGAUUUGUCAAUCUUGCAGCUCGACAUUCUGAAGAAAACAGGAAAGUGAGAGAACUGGAAGCGGGUGGAGAAGUGGUAGCAGUGAUUUUGGAUCAUGCUAAAAGACGGAAAAGGUCAAGAGGCACAUCAGGUGCUUUAGCAUUACAGCUCUUGUCCUCCCCUUCAGAGGUGGGAAUGGGAGGGCCAUCAGCAUGGGAUGAUUAGUUAAUCUUACAAUGGAACUCAUCCAAUUUUGGGUUUUGUGCCAGAAGGUUGUGAAUUAUCAAACUCAAGACAUUUGGUUCGAUUUAUUCUGGGUAUAAUUCUAUAACCAUGAAUAAUGAUUCCUUACUGUUAUUGGGAUCCUUAGCCAUUUGAGUUUGGAGAAAAAAUUCACUACCGACGAGGGAGUGGAAAACGUGGAUGGAUGCUCAUCAUAUAUGGGAUUAUGGUUGACAAUUAAUAUGAAUACUUUGGUAUGCCUUUUAUUAUCAA